GAUAUUCUGAGAGAUCAUGCCGAGUGUGUGAGUGACUUAGAGGGAAAAUACCUCUGGGAACGCAGGGAGGAGUUUAACUGCUAGAGGUAUAAUUGCUGUCAGAGAGCAUAGAGGGAGAACAGAGUGACCCUGCUCAGUGUUUGUUCAAAUUCAGUACCAGAGAAGACCUGAACCAGCAGCAGAAUCCCCAACAUCACAACCGGCACAUGAAGGACUGAAGGACCAGAGCCACAGAUUUAAAUGAGCAUCACACCAUCAGGAGAUCCUCGUACCAGAGUCUGCUGUGACUUAACUUUCUGGACAGUUCAACCCUACCAUCACACUCUGCCAUCAGCCUCGGUUCUCUGGUCCUACCAUCUGACUCUACAGUGACUUUACAGAUUUCAUCCUCUGUAGGACCAUCAACAGGGAGCAGUAUGUCUUCUUGGGCUGGGUUGUUCUUUGUGAUGUCCAUCUUUCUUCUGAUUGACACUUCUCCAACAAUCUCCUCUCCACUGGAGGUUGCACCACAUCUCCAGGAAGGGGCACUCUCUUCUGAAUGCCCAUCUUGCUUCAUGUCUCAGAUGAGGAAGAAUUUGUCUUCAUCUGGAGAUCAAAGCGACAUGGUGGAAGCAGUGAAGCGUCACAUCCUGAACAUGCUGCACCUGAGUGCCCGACCCAACCUGACAAUGCCGGUUCCUCGUGCAGCACUGCUCAACGCCAUCAAGAAGCUACACGUUGGGCGUGUUACUGAAGAUGGUACUGUAGAAAUACUAGAGGAAAGUUCAGGUCCUGGGACCUCAACAGCACCUGAACCUCCAUCGGAACUGAUCAUCUUUGGAGAGCCAGGACAUUCUCCAAACACAGUGACCUUUGACAUUCUGAAGAACAGUGGCAGUGGCGUCGUGGAGGAGGCCAAUGUUUGGAUCUUCCUGAAGAUGUCGAAGGUCAGUUGGGUGAGGCGCAAAGUGAUGCUGCAACUGCUGUGGACUUGCCAUGAUGGUGGUUCUCAUAAGGACGAGUUUGUUUCAGAGAAGAUGGUGGACAGCCGUCGCAGUGGCUGGCACACAGUCACUGUGACUCACAGCGUUCAGACUCUGCUGGAUGGAGGCAGCACCUCCCUCAGCUUGCAAGUUUCUUGUCCACUUUGUGCCAAGGUUGGGGCGUUGCCCAUCCUUACACCCGGCCACGGAGCGAAAGGAACAGGCCAGGAUCAGUCCCACCGGCCGUUCCUCAUGGUGAUGCUGCGGGCCUCAGAGGAGCCUCAGAGGAGAGUUAAACGAGGUCUGGAGUGCAACGGCCAAAUCCAUGUCUGCUGUAAACGACAGUUUUACGUAAACUUUAAAGACAUUGGCUGGAGCGACUGGAUCAUUGCUCCAUCUGGUUACCAUGCCAACUACUGCGAGGGGGACUGCCCCAGCAACAUGGGCAACUCAGCGCUGUCCUUCCACGCGGCGGUCAUCAGUCAUUACCGUAUGAGGGGCUACGGCCCAUUUCAGAACUUGAAGUCCUGUUGUGUACCCACCAGGCUGCGGCCCAUGUCCAUGUUGUACUACAAUGAGGAGCAGAAGAUCAUCAAGAAGGACAUCCAGAACAUGAUUGUGGACGAGUGCGGCUGCUCAUAGAACUGAAGACUUUAGAAAGACUGAAAACCUGCAGCAGCAAAACCUCCCAAAAGCCCCUUAAUGUUCUUAAUGCACAAAUGCUUUUCCACAUUGGACCAAGCUAACUCUGCAACAGAACAUUCACACUGGACCGGCUUCUGUUUCUGCUCCAGAAAAACUGUUCAUCACUGAUAUGUUCCUGUGGAGGUUCAGUGGACAAACUAGAUGGAGACGAGCCAAUCAUCACAGAGUAUUAGAACUGCUGAGGGAGGCGAAGGUAGAACCGACCUGCAGAGAAACCUUCUGGAGUUUUUUUGCCUCUCAGAUUCAGAUAGAAGCCAAAAUCCAGACGAUGAUCAAAGUUUGGCUCAUGUUUCUGAAAUCAAAAUGAGACAAAAAUAUGAAACACCCGAAACUGUUUCCAGAGCUUCAUUUAGAACUUGACAUAAUUUAUUUGCAUCAUUUUGGAUUUGUCAUUAAACUGUGAGUCAAAAUGUUGUAUGUUUCUUUUUUAAAACCUGAUCAGACGGACAUUGUCUGUGAAAAACAACUGAAGCAGAUGAAGUCCUGAAGUUUCUGCUGAACCAUAUUUCUCACUCAGAUUAGAAACAAAGAUCCUCAGUAGUGAAGGGUUGACACUGGCCAU